AUGGAGUGGCGGACUUCUUCAUACGUGCGCGAAGAACCAGACCGGUUCAUCGAAGUCCGCAGUAGUCGGCGUCGCCGUUAUCGCACGUCUGUCGUCACUUGUGGGGUGGCGGUGCUUGCCUUCUGUGCCUUGAUCCUCUUGUUCUUCUACAUCUCCAUGCGCACCGCCACCACGCUCUUCGAUGCGGCGGUGACCGACACGGCGUGGUGGACGGCGUCUCGAAACGGGCUUGAACUGAAAGAGGCCCUGCACCGGCAAGCCCUGCAGAACGCGCCGCCCGCCCACGCCCUCUCCAUGCAUCAGAUUCUUUUCAUUAGCUGUAAUCGCCAUGAUCGCAGCCAAGCGUAUUGGGCCAACAUCGCGGUGGCGGCGCAGUGCGAGCUGCUCUCCAGGAAUGACCGGGCAGCAGCCGCACCAUGCCGGCGGCUCUACGCCGGUCAAACUCCUUUGAGUCUCAGUGGUGAUGUUUUAGCAGAGGAAAAGAAGUGGCUUCGAGAGGCGGCGCCGCUGACGUCGUUGGCGGAUGUCCCCCUCGGCGCCUGCGGCUCCGUCUACGACUCUCCCGUCGCUGCCCAGCACCGCGCGUCCAUGCUGUCGUCGGUCAAGGCAGACGACGCGGCGGCACGUAGCGCAGCCUUGCGCUUUCCUGUUGCACCGGUCACGGCGGCCCCCCUCCCCCUCGACGCGGCGUUGUGGCUCGGCGACGCGAUCUACGCGGACAAGCGAGCCGACGGCGAAGACGGCCAGUCGCUGUUCUUCCACCACACGAACACCCUCGCGGAUGUCGGCCAUUUCUGGCGUGUGCAGCGCGAUGCACCGGAGUACGGCGCCUUUGUGUCAAGCUGCGUCGCCACGACGACGACUGCCGCAUCGCCUUCCAAUGAAACACUCCCUAAACCCUCCGUACGCGUCUUAGGCGCGGAGGAAGCAGACGCCAAACGCCAAGAGCGGAAAACGCUCCCAGUCACCACAGCAACGCAGGCCCCAACUCGGAUAGAGGUGUUGGGUCAUAUGGCCAACACAGCCAACACUCUCAUCAUUCCCGAUCCGCCGGCCGUGGUUGCCGGGCCGCAGCACAACGUCUGGGGCACCUGGGAUGAUCAUGACAUGGGCAAGAACGACGGAGGCAAAGAGUACCCCUACAAACACGUAACCCAACGGUUUUUUCUCGACUUCUUGAAGGCUCCUGCAACGGACCCGCGGUGGACGCGUGCCGGGGUGCACGAGGCAUACACGUUGCCUUUCCACGCCGUGGUGGACGACUCCAAACGCUGGGGACGCUCAUUGGAGAAUCUUUUGAAUCAGCUCUACGAGUACGCCGUGUGUGUGAUUCUGCUGGACGUGCGCUCCUUCCGUGACCCGCCCAACGCAACCCACGUCGGCGAUAUGCUCGGCGCGGCGCAGUGGGCGUGGUUCGAAGCGCAACUCCAGCGCUUCACCACACGCACCGCUGACGGUCGGGAACCGUGCGCCGUCACUCUUAUCGGGAGCGGUAUUCAGUUCAUGCUGGAUGAGAAGCCCGCAGAGAACUGGGCCGCGUUCCCCGACGCGCGAGACCGCCUGCUGGGUCUUCUUCGCAUUUACAAGGCGGAGCGGGUUGCCCUCCUGACCGGUGACGUGCACAUGGGUGAGCUAGGCGGCGACUUCACGGAGCACACGAUUGCGCACGUCCUCGGCUACCCACUGCUGGAGGCCACCAGCUCGGGUCUGACGCACAGCGCGAACAUGUUACUCCUGCCAGCCGUUCUCCCGCGGUUUUUCCGCACACCGCGCCGACUGUCCCUGUACGUGGAGAAGAACUUUGGCAUGGUGCGGCUGUCGGUGGAUUUGCUGCGCUUGCCCGCCCUUCGUCCUUACUUUAAUGACACAAUUAAACCUGCCGGUCCGUCGUCGGGUCUUUUCCGGACCGUGGAGGAGCGUCAGGCCGCUCGCGCCGUCGUGCAGCGGGCGCUCAACGUCACCUUCACCAUUUUCUCCAUCCCACAGCACGGGCAGCCGGUGCACCGGCUCAACUUUCCGCUUUCCAUGCUGACCUACGCCGACGGCCCCGCCUAUCUGGACGCGGCGGUGGAUCCGUACAGCGGGGACGUGCAGAUCCAGAACGCGGCGGAUGGGACGUCUACGCCGACUAAGGCGACGGCGACGGGAGCACCGCCUGGCGUCACCACCUUCACCCUGCGGAACGGCACAACUGUGUCGGUCGUCCAUUACCCCGUCUCCACUCCUGUGCCGUUUGUGACGUGGGGCAGUCGCGUGGCCCAGCGCUACGUCUUCACGCGCAGCUCUGUGUCGGAGUCGAUGAAGUGGUGUGUCCUUUCGCACGUCUGCGUCUCCGUUGUGUGUCUGGUCCUGUGUAUGGGAUGGGUCUUGCGCUGGGUGCGACGGCGACGACGGCAGCAGCGACAGCAGCGAAGGGCAGAGGGGCAGGCGCCGCUGCUGUCGCGCAAUACGGAGCUGCGCGGCGACGCGAUAAAUUUGGCGCCGGCUCCGCAGAGAUGGUGGAAGAAGCUGCUCCAUCGAUUGCGGAAAGACAAGAAUGGAUGA